AGCGCCCAGCAGAGAUGGCAGCGGUGGCGGCCAGAGCGGUGCUGUUGCCGGCGCGGCAGCGGCUCUGGGGGCUCACUGAGAGGUUCCUGGUCGGAGGCGCUGCCGGAAGGUCAUUGUAUUUUGGACGGAACAGAUUGAGAAGUACACAGGCUGCUACACAAGUUGUUCUGAAUGUUCCUGAAACACGAGUGACACGUUUGGAGAAUGGACUCAGAGUGGCCUCUGAAGAUUCUGGGCUUUCAACAUGCACAGUUGGGCUCUGGAUUGAUGCUGGGAGUCGAUAUGAAAAUGAGAAGAAUAAUGGAACAGCUCACUUUCUGGAGCAUAUGGCUUUCAAGGGCACCAAAAAGAGAUCCCAGUUAGAUCUGGAACUUGAGAUUGAAAACAUGGGUGCUCAUCUCAAUGCCUAUACCUCCAGAGAGCAGACUGUAUAUUAUGCCAAAGCAUUUUCUAAAGAUUUGCCAAGAGCUGUAGAAAUUCUUGCUGAUAUAAUACAAAAUAGCACAUUGGGAGAAGCAGAGAUUGAACGUGAACGUGGAGUAAUCCUUAGAGAGAUGCAGGAAGUUGAAACCAACUUACAAGAAGUUGUUUUUGAUUAUCUUCAUGCCACAGCUUAUCAAAAUACUGCACUUGGACGGACAAUUUUGGGACCAACUGAAAAUAUUAAAUCUAUAAAUCGUAAGGACUUAGUGGAUUAUAUAACCACACAUUAUAAGGGGCCAAGGAUAGUACUUGCUGCUGCUGGAGGAGUUUCCCAUGAUGAACUGCUUGAGUUAGCAAAGUUUCAUUUUGGUGACUCUUUGUCCACACACAAAGGAGAAAUACCAGCUCUGCCUCCCUGCAAAUUCACAGGAAGUGAGAUUCGAGUCAGAGAUGACAAGAUGCCUUUGGCACACCUUGCAAUAGCUGUUGAAGCUGUUGGUUGGGCACAUCCAGAUACAAUCUGUCUCAUGGUUGCAAACACACUGAUUGGCAACUGGGAUCGCUCUUUUGGAGGAGGAAUGAACUUAUCCAGCAAGCUGGCCCAGCUCACCUGUCAUGGCAACCUCUGCCACAGCUUCCAGUCUUUCAACACUUCCUACACAGAUACAGGAUUAUGGGGAAUCUAUAUGGUUUGUGAACCAGCCACUAUUGCAGACAUGCUACAUGUUGUUCAAAAAGAAUGGAUACGACUCUGUACAAGAGUCACUGAAAGUGAAGUUGCACGAGCCAAAAACCUUCUGAAAACAAACAUGUUGUUGCAACUUGAUGGUUCCACUCCAAUUUGUGAAGAUAUUGGAAGGCAAAUGUUAUGCUAUAAUAGAAGAAUUCCCAUCCCUGAGCUUGAAGCAAGAGUUGAUGCUGUGAAUGCUGAGACAGUUCGAGAAGUAUGUACCAAAUAUAUUUAUGAUAAGAGUCCAGCUAUUGCUGCUGUUGGUCCCAUUGAGCAACUACCAGAUUUUAACAGGAUUCGCAGUAACAUGUGCUGGCUUCGUGAUUAAAAUGCUCCUAAUCAAAAUAUUUUGAACAUAUAUAUUUAUAAAACUAACAGAGACUGGCAAGUUUUAAACUGUCAAUCCCCAAAGAAAAAAAAAGUGAACAUACAUACUUGGAAAUUUGAAUGAAAUACUGCAAGACUUUAAAAGGAUAAGACUACCAAAGCGAAUGGUAGAUCUCUUGAGAAAUUAUGUUUGAAUGGCAUACUUUCAAAAUUUCACCAUAAGUAUAAUUUUAAGAAUGAAAAUUUGUAAGGUAUUUUCAGUUUUAUUAUAAAAAUGCACACACAACAAAGAUUGUCUUAAGUCAUUUCUUGGCUCUACUCGCAUUCAGUACUUGCUCUUGAGCAGCUUUCUUUGCUUUUACCAUCUCGACAAGUUCCUAGGAAGGGAGAAAGUGUUAUUUAGAAUUGGUACACGUUUCUAGUGUUUGGGAUAAAUAUGGAAAACAUUCAAAUUGGAUAAAUCUAUAAUUAAAGAUACUACUGAAAGGUUGAUUUUACUAACUCUCAGAGCUCUGAAAGUUUCUGAGAUUGGUCAUGUCUUUGUAAUUUUGGCCCACAACUACUGUGGUAUUGAAAUAAGUAAAAAUCUAUAAACUCAAAACAUCUACAACCUUA